AUGGACAAAUCCGUGUAUGCGUCGAUUUCAGGGAAAGCAAGUCCUAAAGAUGAUUUUCCCUUAACACAUAUCGAUGUGCUUGUUGAUAAUAUAGCAGGGCAUGUCAUGUUUUUGUUCAUGGAUGGCUUCUCAAAUUAUAAUCAGAUUCUCAUGGCACCAGAAGACCGUGAGAAAACGACGUUCAUCAUUGAAUGGGGGACUUACUGCUAUUUGGUUAUGCCGGCCUUUGGUUUGAAGAAUGCUGGUCCUACUUAUCAGCGCGCUGCUACGACCAUUUUACACGACAUGAUGCACAAAGAGAAUCCUCCGGUUCUCAUGCCGCCGGUUCCCGGGAAACCCUUGAUACUUUAUUUGUCUGUGAAUCCUUCAUCUAUGGGGUGUUUACUAGCUCAAGAAGGAGAUAAGGGUGUCGAAAAAGCCAUUUAUUACUUAAGCAAGAAGAUGGUCGGAUGUGAAGAAUGCUACACAGCUUUGGAAAAGACAUGUUGGGCUCUUGUUUGGGUUUCUAUAAAGUUGAGACACUACAUGCUCACUUAUCCAGUGAAGUUAAUUUCUCGAAUGGAUCCUCUAAAGUUUCUGUUUGAGAAGCCAACGCUUACUGGUAAGUUAGCACGUUGGUUGCUCUUAUUGGCGGAAUUUGACCUCGAGUACAUUACAAGGAAAUCUGUCGAGGGGCGAACAGUUGCGGAAAUUUUGGCUGAACACCCUGUUGAUGGACCAGAGGACUCAGAUUUCGUGUUCCCAGAUGAGGAAGUGCUAACAGUUGUCAAAGAUGUGUGGACACUCUACUUUGAUGGGUCGGCCAAUCAGAAAGGAUACGGAAUCAAAGCUGCUCUCACCCUCGGCGUGGAAAAACUCGAGGUCAUUGGUGAUUCUAAUCUUGUUGUGUCUCAGGCUAAAGGGGACUGGAAAGUUCGCGAAGAAAAAUUGAAGCCUUAUCAUCAAGACUUGGAAGAUCUUAUUCCUCGUUUUAACAACGUUACCUUCACUCACAUUCCCCGCUUGAAGAAUAAAUUUGCCGAUGCCUUGGCAACUUUGACCUCUAUGGUCGAACUUUCUUUGGGUGUCAAACUCCGCCCUAUUCUGAUCAAACAACGGGACUGUCCUGCCUAUCAGCUGGCCGCCCAGUAUAUUCUUUGUGGAGGGAAGUUAUACAAGAGAUCACAUUGUGGGAUGCACAAACUCUGUGUCAAUAGUUCUGAAGCCGUAAAGAUCAUGGUAGAAGUUCAUGAAGGAGUUUGUGGUCCUCAUAUGAGUGGUGUCAUGCUUGCUAGGAAGAUCCUACGACAUGGUUACUUCUGGUCUACCAUGGAGUCUCAGUGUGUGGAUUAUGUAUGA